UCAACAACAAACACCAACAAAAAUAAAACUAAAAAAACCUCAAAAAAUUAACAACAUAUAUUACAUUUCAAAAAAUACACAAAAAUAAAUAUAAAAAAAAGGAUAAAAAAAAGGAGGGAUAUUUGUUUCUCUUUCUAGUUUCCAUCAAUCUCUCUCCUAAAGAAUAGCAAUUACAGCACCUUACCCUCUCAUCCCCACCACCAUAAAUGCAGUUUGCAACCUCCCUCUUCCCUUCCUUCUUUCCUUGCUCACAAAUUCACAUACUCUUUUUUUUUCUCCUUAUUUUCUCUCUCCUCAAAUACUAUACGCUCUUUGCAAUUACUCCUCUUCUGUCACACUUCCCUUCUCCACCUGUUCCCUACCCUCUCUUCUUCUUCUUCUUCUUCAUCUCAACUUUCAAUUCCAUCAUUUUCUCUCUCCUCUAAACCAGAAACUCACUCUUUUUUCUCUCUUCAUCACAAAGUUUUAACUUUGAAUCCAGAUCCAACCCUCCUCUUCUUCUCCUUAUCGGAAAAUGGAAGAAGUGAAGAAGGAUCUGGAUUCUCUUCAUAGUAGCUGCUUAUAAUCUUCUCAGAAGUUGUGAAGUGAUAAUCCAUCAGAAACAACAAAAGGAGGAAAGUUAAAGAGGGGGAGAAAAACAAAUUCGCGGUGUAGAAAAUAAAAGAAAAAAAAAUGUUUCAGCCAAAUAUGUUUGAGACACACCACCAGCUGCUAGACAUGGCAGCUGGUCAUAAAACUCCGGACAGCGAGUUGGGGAAGAUGAGAGAUGAUGAAUUCGAAAGCAGUCGAUCCGCCACCGAGAAUCUGGAAGGCCUUUCCGGUGAUGAUCAGGAUCCAAAUCAACGACCUAAGAAGAAGAGAUACCACCGUCAUACUCAACAUCAGAUUCAGGAGAUGGAGAAUUUCUUCAAGGAGUGCCCUCAUCCUGAUGAUAAGCAAAGGAAGGAGUUAAGCCGUAGAUUAUCGUUGGAGCCUCUACAAGUGAAGUUUUGGUUCCAAAACAAGCGCACUCAAAUGAAGGCCCAACAUGAACGGUCAGAGAAUCAGCAACUUCGAUCUGAGAACGAUAAGCUUCGGGCUGAUAAUAUCAGGUUCAAAGAAGCCCUUAGCAAUGCUACAUGUCCUAAUUGUGGAGGGCCAGCUGCCAUUGGUGAGAUGUCAUUUGAUGAGCAACAAUUACGAAUCGAGAAUGCUAGACUUAGAGAAGAGAUUGAUAGGAUAUCAGGCAUAGCAGCAAAGUAUGUAGGAAAGCCCUUAGUGACAUACCCUCACCUCCAAAAUCAAGGACUACAGUCACGCUCCUCCCUUGAUCUAGGAGUUGGCAGUUUUGGGCCACAAUCAGGUAUGGUAGGGGACAUAUAUGGCUCUGCUGGGGAUCUUUUACGGUCCGUGGCACCACCUACCGAUGCAGAUAAACCCAUGAUCAUCGAGCUCGCAGUUGCAGCUAUGGAAGAACUAAUCAGGAUGGCUCAAGCAGGUGAACCCUUGUGGGUUCCUAGCCCUGAUAACAUGACUGAAAUCCUUAACGAAGAGGAGUAUUUUCGAACUUCCUCGCAUGGGAUCGGUCCUAUGCCAUUGGGCCUAAAAUCAGAGGCCUCAAGAGAUUCGUGUGUUGUCAUCAUGAAUCAUAUGAACUUGGUUGAAAUUUUAAUGGAUGUGAAUCAAUGGUCAUGUGUAUUCUCUGGGAUAGUAUCAAGAGCCAUGACCCUGGAUGUUUUGUCAACUGGAGUUGCUGGAAAUUACAACGGAGCUUUACAAGUGAUGACUGCUGAAUUUCAAGUCCCUUCACCACUUGUUCCAACGCGUGAAAACUACUUUGUGAGAUACUGUAAGCAGCACGGGGACAGUACUUGGGCAGUGGUUGAUGUUUCGUUGGAUGGUUUGCGCCCUAGCCCGAUUCCAAGGUGUAGAAGAAGGCCAUCUGGUUGCCUGAUACAAGAGUUGCCUAAUGGUUACUCUAAGGUGAUGUGGGUUGAACAUGUUGAAGUGGAUGACCGAGCUGUGCACAACAUAUAUAGGGCACUCGUAAACUCAGGCUUAGCCUUUGGAGCUAAACGAUGGGUUUCAACAUUGGAUAGGCAAUGUGAAAGGCUUGCUAGUGUUAUGGCUAGCAACAUGCCAGCAGGAGAGGGUGGUGUUAUAACAAGUCCAGAAGGGAGGAAGAGCAUGUUGAAGCUAGCAGAGAGGAUGGUAAUGAGCUUCUGUGCUGGAGUUGGAGCUUCAACAGCCCACACAUGGACGACAUUGUCAGGUAGUGGUGCUGACGAUGUUCGAGUCAUGACCCGAAAGAGUAUGGAUGACCCUGGGAGACCCCCUGGCAUUGUUCUUAGUGCUGCUACUUCAUUCUGGAUGCCUGUCUCUCCUAAGCGAGUCUUCGAUUUCCUGCGUGACGAAAACUCUAGGAGCGAGUGGGAUAUCCUCUCAAAUGGGGGAUUAGUCCAAGAGAUGGCUCACAUAGCCAAUGGCCGUGAUCCGGGGAAUUGUGUGUCGCUUCUUAGAGUGAAUAGUGCAAAUUCAAGCCAGAGCAACAUGCUAAUACUACAAGAAAGCAGCACAGACUCAACAGGCUCAUAUGUCAUCUAUGCACCAGUGGAUAUUGUCGCAAUGAAUGUGGUCUUGAAUGGUGGAGACCCGGACUACGUUGCACUCUUACCCUCGGGCUUUGCCAUUCUGCCGGAUGGGCCGGUGGCUGGUCAUGGCGGCGGUGGCAUGGAGGUUGGCUCAGGUGGUUCGUUAUUGACGGUUGCAUUCCAAAUCCUAGUGGAUUCAGUUCCUACAGCCAAGCUCUCUUUGGGUUCAGUUGCUACGGUUAAUAGUUUGAUAAAGUGUACUGUGGAAAGGAUUAAGGCUGCUGUAGCUUGUGAGAGCGCUUGAUCAAACAACUGGAUCGGCGUGCUUUUGCUGAUGUAAGCUUGAUUAGUAGAGGACUCGACCAAAACUAAGCUUGAGAAGGGGAGUGUAUGUGUUACAACUUUUGGGAUUUACGGUACCAUAUCCAUGGAAGAAGUCAAGAACGCACCUUUUGUGAUCCUUGCAAUGGUGUAUGCAUGAAUUACACAGUAGAACGGAACUUGAAAAAUUGAACUAUCUCAAUUUGAAGGAACUUAUCAAUGGCUACCAUUACAAGGGAAUUGGGUUCGGGUAUUGACUUCGCCAAAAAAAUAGUCAGUAAAACAAAGGUAUAUGGACUUUAAAAAUAUAUCAUCUUCAUAAGCUAUUCGUUUCCUUCCUCCCUUUGACUGUUUUUGUUGCAAGUAAUUAUGGCAAAUUAAAGCCAAGUUAACUUGAGACUUUUAGGGUAAAAAAAAAACCUUGUUGCAUAAGAGUGUUUUGAUAAUUAGGCUGAUUAUCUCCCCUUCUUUAAUUCUGAUCAUCAAGUGUAUGUUUUUGUUCUUGUUUAAAUUAAUGUAGGAGUACUUUCCAAACCUAUUUACUAACUUGUAUUUUGUGUGAUUUUCUAAAGGAUGUCUUGCAAAUUUGUGCUCCA